AUGUGCAUUGAGGAGGUGUCGGAUAAAGAUGGGACUAUCACACCAUCACUACAAUAUGAUAAUCCACCAAGCCAGAACCAAGACCUCGUUCAAAAUGCAGUGACUUAUAAAUGUAGCACACGAUGCGCAUAUCCUUCACCCAAAUUCACAUGGUAUUAUAGUAAGACAGGUGGGUCACGUCAAGAAUGGUCAACAACAGCACCUGUAACCGAUAGGACUGGUGGUUGUACUGAUUCUGAGAAAAUAUAUACAUCUACAAUAACUCUGCCAAGAUAUACAGUGUUUACUGAUAAUACAGAUACCAGUGUGAAGUUUCAGUGUGGUGCCAUAUCAAUUACUGGGGCCGAAGAUCAACGUUUUACACAAGCGUCUGUUGAUGUUAGAUUUGCAGUACGUGUUUCAACAGUGACAUUAAACAAUGGUAAUUCAAUUCCGUCAAAUCCAUUGGAAGUAAACAGUGGGGAGCCUCAUACAUUGACAUGUACAUCAAGUGGCAGCAGACCAACAGCAACUAUCAUCUGGUAUUUUGGAGGCCAGAAAAACAAAACAGAAAUUACUAGGAUAUCUAACUUUACAUUCACACCAGAAAACACGGAUAAUCAGAAACAAGUUUAUUGUAAAGCAUUUAACUUACAUCCAGAAAGCCAAGCUGUGUCUUCAAACAUUGUGUCACUUUAUGUAAAAGUAAAGGUAGCUAAUGUUACACUAAAGGAUGGCAACACUGAACCAUCAGGAACACUAGUAGUAACAAAGGGUGUAUCUAAAACAUUGACAUGUACAGCAAGUGAAAGUAGACCUACAGCCAAAAUUAUCUGGUAUAUAGGAGACGAUUAUAAAAAAUCAGAAAUUGUUACACUGUCUACAUUCACAUUUACUCCAGUUAUCUCCGACCAUAACAAACAAGUUUACUGUAAAACUUCACAGUCAGGAAAUCCAGAUGUGUUUUCAAACAGAAUAACACUAUAUGUUAAAGGUUGUGAUUUUCUUUACAUUCCUAUUCGUCAUGGGACAUACUCGUUUUUAUUCUUUUUGAAAGAUGGUGUUGUUGUUUUCUUUUCAGUAUUAGCUACCACUCCUAAAAUCACAGAUCUUACAACAGAAAAAUUAGAAGGAGAUCAAAUAAAAUAUCAAUGUACUUCCUCCCAAACACGACCUGUUGCUUUAGUAACAUGGAAGUUAGACACUCUAGCACUAACUGAUGUACAGAAUACAGAACAUAGUCAUGCGAAUGAUCUUAAAUCUGUUACAAGUGUUGUUACAUUUUUAGCAAAUAGAACUGAUAACAACAAAACAAUUUACUGUGAAACUACAAUACCUGGUCAAAGUUUAAUAAAAGCUCAAGAAACGAUAACUGUGUAUUGGCCACCAUCACAACCUGUUAUACCAACAAGCAGUUUUCCAUUUCUAGAAGGUCAGACAGGAAAGAGUAUUUAUUGUACCUCAACUGAUUAUGGUAAUCCUACAGCUACAGCAACAUGGACCACACAAUAUGGAACACCUGAUAGUGCAGAUACAAGAAAACUAAGGUUUCCUAAACUAACGUAUCAAGUUGAUAGAAGUCCAGUAAAAUGUCAGCUGAACAAUUUAUUUACGCAGACGAAAGGUCUUCAGAUCCAGUCCAUACAAGUGCUAUUACAAGUUGAAUAUUCUCCAAGAGUACAAAUUAUGGCGUAUGGGAAACCAGUUACAACCAUAACGAGAAAUGAAGGUCAAACGGUUUCUGUUACAUGUAAUGCCACUGGAAAUCCAACACCAACAGUAAGUUGGGUCGGACAACAGUCUAGUGGUCCUACUUUGUCAUUUGAUGAUAUAGAUAGAGCAGACCAUGGAAACUACACAUGUAGGGCUACAGCAACAUCAUCUCAUUAUCCCAGUCAUGACUUUGGUACAGAAGAAACAUUGGCUAUCGUUGUUUACUGUAAGGCAACGGGAUAUAUUUGUAACAACUGUCCAAAUACCUGUUCAUGUAGUAAUAUUCAGGCAGUGAUUGUAGGAAUAGUACUUGGAAUAAUCAACGUGGUAGUCGUGGCAUAUGCUGGUUAUGUUACAAUAUUACUGAAACGAAAAAAUGGAAACACAGCAGAAAAUACAUUUGUCCAGCCGGCUAAACUCGCUGUGCCUUUAUAUACAAAUAUGGUGUUCUCAACAAAUGAUGGUGAGGACACACAACAGGGAACAGAUCCAGAUGAAUCCGGAGAGUCUCAAUAUACGUCACUGAAGACCGAACUAAAAGACGAUAGACAAACAUAUGACCAAUUGAAAGUGUAGCAAUUAAAUGAGAGAAAAAUUAAAGAAAAAAUAAAAUCAUGA